CUUGCAACUUUGAAUUCAGGCUAUUGACUUCUGAUAUUAUUUUCCCAUAAAGUGAUUCCUUCAACCUGCAACCUGCAGUGAUUGAUUUGUCUUUUCGUUAUCCCCCCACAUCCCCCUUUCUCCAUUUCCCGCAAAUGGGAAAGUGUUCUUUGUCGGAGGAAGAAAGUGGGCUGUUCAAGAUUUUGAUGUGCAUAAUUCUCUGCCCCCCAAUCCCUCUUUACUUUGCUUCCUUCGCUGGCUGACGGAGCUCAAAUCGUUCUUUAGCUUUUUCAAUUCAACGUGGGGAAUCGUCGUACCUGACAACUCAUUGUCUAAUUUCAUUCAAAUUUGCUGGACAAAUAUUUAUUAGAAGUUGCACCUGUCGGGUCUGCUUCAAAAUACAAAGGUACACAGAAAGGAUCUUUUGAGUGCGUCGUUUAAAUGAGAUUGGAGAUGCUCCUGUCUUUGCUGCUGUGUGCCAUCUGUCUGCUCGUCCUACCGUCCUCCUCUACCCCCAGCCAAGCCUCAGAUGACUCCAGACUCCUACAGGUGACCAUCCCUACGACCCCUCCCUUAUCUGCCGUCUUGGGGGGCUCUCUUACCCUACCUUGCCUGGUGUCUCUGUCCGACCCGCCCCCCAACACGAAUGGCCGCCACGCCGUCCUCUCCCUACCCAGGGUCAAGUGGAGCAUGCUGUCCCAGGGGCACGAGACUGAGAUCCUGGUGGCCCGAGGGGACAGGGUGAAGGUCAGUGAGGCCUACAAGGACAGAGCCUCCCUGCUCCAUUACGCUUCCUCCCCGGCCGACCUCACCCUGAGGCUGGAUGGCCUGCAGUACAACGACUCUGGCUUCUACCGCUGUGAGGUGCAGCAGGGCCUGGAGGAUGCUGACGGUGUGGCUCAGGUCAAGGUCAAAGGGGUGGUGUUCCACUAUCGGGAUGCUUCCAGUCGUUAUGCCUUUACUUUUGCGCAGGCCCGGGACGCCUGUGAAGAGAUCGGGGCUCACAUCGCCACCCCAGAGCAGCUCUUGGCAGCCUACCACAGUGGCUAUGAGCGGUGUGAUGCGGGCUGGCUCUCAGACCACUCAGUGAGAUAUCCCAUCCAGAUGCCACGAGAGGGAUGUUUUGGAGACAUGGACGGGCAUCCUGGAGUGAGGAACUAUGGGCUGCUGGAACCUGAUGAGCUGUACGAUGUAUACUGUUAUGUGGAGAACAUAGAGGGGGAAGUGUUCCAUGGCUCUUCCCCCCGAAGUUUCACCCUGUGGGAAGCUAAGGCCUAUUGUCUGGCUCAGGGAGCGGAGCUGGCUACCACAGGUCAGCUGUAUGCAGCCUGGAAUGACGGACUGAAUGCCUGCAGCCCGGGGUGGUUGGCUGAUGGGAGUGUACGCUACCCCAUUGUCACUCCCAGGGAGCGUUGUGGUGGAGGGGAGCCUGGGGUCAGGACUGUCUAUCGCCAUUUGAACCAGACAGGCUUUCCAGAGGCACACACUCGCCAUGACACUUACUGCUUCCGAGGCAACAGCAACACUCACACCGAAUCUCCCCAUGAUUACCUGGCAACAGAGCCAGAGGACAUCGGCCAGGACAUUGUGACGCUGUUUGAGCCUCUGGAGGAAUUCAGCCUGGGUCAGGUGACGGAGCAGGUGAUGAGCGAAGAAGUUCAGGGCUACCUGACUGCACUCCCUAUUCCAGCGGAGCAGCACCCAUUAGAGGAGCAGGGGGCUGUCCCUGGGGAGCAGUACCCAGAGCAUGGCGCUGUCCCUGGAGAGCAGUACCCAGAGCAGGGGGCUGUCCCUGGAGAGCAGUACCCAGAGCAGGGGGCUGUCCCUGGGGAGCACGGAGAAGAACAGUGGGUUGUUCCUGGAGAACACAGAGAGGAGCAGGGGGCUGUUACUGAGGAGGCGUACAUCAAGGAGGACGGAGAGGAGCAGGAGGCUGUGCCUGGGCAGCACAGAGAGGAACAGGGGGUUCAUCAUGGGGAGCAGUACCCAGAGCAGCCUGGAGAGGAGCAGGGGGCUGUCGAUGGCCCGGGCCCUACUGUAGUCUAUCACGAGGAGCUACCCUUUCCGGUUGAACCCCAAGACCCAUUCACCCCCACAUCCUUCCCCCAAGACCUGGAGCCCACAGAGGACACCUGGCAGCUGGUGAAAGAGGUCAGCAACCCAGAAUCAUAUCAGCCUGCCCCUGAGGAGGCAAACUUAGAUUUAAACUACCCAGUCACACCCUAUGAUGAGCUGAAUGCAAACCCAACACUGUAUCCACCUUCUCCCGAGACAAAUUAUGAAUCAGAUGAUCUUACAACUGCUCAUGAAGACAACAUUGGUAUCCCCGAUCCCUACCAGCCCUCGUUAGAGUCAAACAUGGAAUCAGGAGAGCCCUCUAUAGAGGGUGUACCAGGGACUGCUCUGGAGGCCCCCGUGCCCACCACAGCAUAUGAGGAGGUGGACAGGUCCAGUGAUCCACAUCCCAUGCCUGGCACAACCCCUGAGAGUGGUGAGUCUCAGUAUGGUAUUUCAGAGGAGAGCCAUAUGCAAACAGAGAUCACCCAGGAGACCGAACACUAUACUUUUACCUCUGAGACCACAGGCUCUAAUGUAUCAGGAGUUGAAGCCACUACUAGUUAUGACAGCUCUCCAGAGGAGCAACUGGAAAGCGGGCUGCCCAUACCUCCUGAGGAGGACCACUCCGGAGAUGAGCAUGCCAUCCAGGUGGAGCAUGUCACGGACACGGUCUACCCAAGCACCUCUUAUGACCUCUCAGGAGGGUCCAUCAGGCCUGAGGGAGCCAUCACUGGGGGUGUCGAGGAUACAUCUGUAUCUUCCACUUCACCUCAUGAGGAAACGGAGCUCUUCCCUGACCAGUCCACUACUCAGCCUCCAUACUGGGAGAACACACCUGAAUACCACCGAACCAACUCUGUGGAUCACAGUGCCAGUGUCCUUCUCCCUGAGGAGCAUACCACAUCACUGGACUCAUUGGUCCUCCAGACAGGGGAGAACAGUGGCUCUGCUACUGCUGAGUCAGGAGACCUGGCUACCCUAAGCCCAGUGGGGAUGGACCCCUAUGAACUGAUCCCUACCUCUGAAUAUGCUUAUGACCCCACUCAGGAGCAGUCUGGUGUCACGUCACCCGACUCCUCUACCCUAGAUGACCAUGUGGAGCAGGAGGCAGGAGGCACAGUGGACUCAUUACCAGACAUUUCCAAUGGUUCCACUGACCAGGAUGAGCACACUGACCUGGGUUCAGUUCCAACUGACGAAGUCCUUACAGUUAUUUAUGACACUGACUCUAGUGAAGCCUCUGGGGUCCACAAGGGAAUGCUUGACAUGACCCUUUUGACAUCCCCCAUACCUAUAACCUAUUCCCCCCCGACCCAGCGUUCCGUGGAAGCAGGGGCCAGCUCCCCAGGUGACUUCAUAACCGUCAUCCCAGAAUCCAGCGUUCCAUCUGGGUUUGAACCCCUGGAGGAAGGGCUGGAGAAGGUGGAGCAAGAGGGGUUGGGUGAAAUCCCAGAAGUAGCCGAAACUACUACCCCAGAGACAGCUUCUGGUGAGGAGGGGAGUGGAGAUGAGACCCCCCUGCCCUCCCCCACCAUACCCCAAGAGUCCCGUGCUGAUGUAAAUCUGGAGUACAGUGGGGAGACCUCACUCACUGAGGACCCUGACUCCAUCACUCCACUCACUAAGAAGCCUGAGGAGACCCCCAGCCCGACGCCCACCACAGAGGACUACGAUGACCAGACUACGACGGCAGCACCCCUAUAUCCAGAGGACGUUGAUGAGGAGAAACUGAUUACCACUUCUACUACUCCAAGAUUUGGGAACAUUUCAGAUUCCUGCCAUGAGAAUCCUUGUUAUAACGGGGGAACAUGUAUUGACAGUGGGUCUUCAACCAAGUGCCUUUGCUUGCACACCUAUGGAGGAGACAUGUGCCAGACAGACCUGGAGGUGUGUGAGCCGGGUUGGGAAAAGUUCAUGGGCUUCUGUUACCGACAUUUCACCAAGCGCCAGGGCUGGGAGGUGGCAGAGCAGCACUGUCGUAUGUGUGGCGGUCACCUGAUCUCGGUCAUGACCCCUGAGGAACAGGACUACAUUAAUGAUAAGUACAAAGAGUACCAGUGGAUGGGACUGAAUGACAGAACCAUAGAGGGAGACUUCCGCUGGUCUGACGGGAAUCCUCUGUUGUAUGAGAACUGGUACCGGGGCCAGCCUGACAGUUACUUCCUGUCUGGAGAGGACUGUGUGGUGAUGGUAUGGCAUGACGGGGGGCGCUGGAGCGAUGUGCCCUGUAACUACCACCUCUCCUACACCUGCAAGAAGGGCACCUCUUUCUGUGGCCAACCCCCCAUCAUUGCCAAUGCCAAGGUGUUUGGUAAGUUGCGUCUGCGCUACGAGACCAACUCCAAGGUGCGCUACUACUGUGAAGAAGGAUUCCUCCAGACACAGAACCCCGUCAUUAAGUGCCUAUCCAACGGCCAAUGGGAGGAGGCUCUGAUCACCUGUCACCCUGCCCUGACCAACUUGGCAGAGGGAGAGCAGAAGGUCACAACGCCACGCUAUCAGAACGAGGGGGUGGAGGUGGUGGACACAGCCACGGAGAAAGCCACUUCAGAGUUCUGGGACAUCAAGUGGAACUAAUAAGCUCAUCAAACUCAAUAUGCCCCUUCCCUCUGCCCCCUUCCCUGGAAUCCUAUGUUCCACUCAAAGACUGUCCAACCUUGUCCCUCCAACAAGGUGGAGCCUUGUAAAAUAAAUGUUCUCCCUGAGAACGAGUCAUCACAUUCCUGUCACCAGCUCUUUCCAGAAUAAACCCAUUUAGAACAUCAACAGACUUGAUCGAUCACACUUACAAUAAGAGUACAUAACAUAAGGCCACUAUUAGAGGAAAUGGAUCACAUUUGAACAGUACAGUUUGUCAUUGGAAUGAGCUUUAACGAAGAUGUCCCGUCCAUCAUUGGGCUUGUUUGUUGCAUGUGAUUGUUGACUCGUGAAAUACUUCAAUAUCCACCUGUGCUACGACACUGUUGGAUUACUGUAUUUGACUGCUAGUAACAUGUAUUAUGACAUGUUUAUGAUGGUAUACAGUAUGAUUUUGAUGGAGAGUUUUAGUAAAGUGCAACCUAAAUCUCAACCUCAGCUGGUCUGACAUUAACUGAAGCCACUUUCCCACUCUCUGCCACAAAGACAGAAUUAAGAUUUCUACUUUUGUAUGCUUUUGUAUAAGAAGAUCUCCUUAUCAAUCCACAUCUUCUCAAUUCCCACAACCCAAAGCAUUUUCUCAACAUGUCCUCUUAUGUGGUUCUUUGUUUUUCAGGUGUCUUAAACUUUAGACCCAAUAUUAGAAGCCGAUAUCCACUUUAAAAGUACUUGGUUUGAGAAUAGCCAGAAUCCAAAGUUUGUUAUUUUAAAACGUAAUCACUAAGAUACUAGGAAGAACAUGUGAAAAUGUCUACAAUGGUAUUUCAAUUUUCAUGCAUCAAUUACAUCAUUGUCUUAGUUCCAGUGGAAGUACUACUGUACGUUGGUAGUGUUUAACAGUAAUCAAAUAAUUCUAAUUGUUAAUCCCAUUUGUGACUGCACAAUUACACAAUGAACUUGUUAUGAAAGAAAAAAGGUCAUUGUGAAAAUAAUUCAAACUUAAUUUUGUUAAUGUCGUCUGAGUUACUGGAGAAUAGAAAAUAAAUAUCUAAUACAACGA